CCCUCAUCUCUCUCUCCCUCGAACUUCAUCCUUCACUCCCAUCAGCGUCCUACAACCUCUUCAUACAAUUGGCACUCACCUCUGCCAAAGUUACUUGAUCACAUCUACCCUUAAAGUCCUUCUCAUUCUCAUGUCUGUCGACCUUCAUCCUUCUCCCUUUCGUCGUCCCGGGAAAGGGCGCGUCCCUGCAACCGAAAUCAGCCAAGGUUUCCCCACAUACCAAGCUGUAACUAAGGAAGCAGAGGAGAGUCGCGAUCCAUCCACCCCUGGGUGGGUGUCGAACUCCGCAGCGUCUUCCCCCGAGACCCCUUCCCCCAUUUCCACGCAUUUCGCAGGAAUCCCAGCAUACUAUCAAGACAGCGUCCUCUUCGGGGGAUCUUACGACGGCUUCGUGCAGCAGCCCAACCCCAAUACCCCGCCCGCCCAGCAGGGACCAUCUGAGUCCUCCCUGGAUAAGUCCCCGCGAACCGCGCCGAUCUCCAUUCCCACGCGCUCGUCUCUCCCCCAAGAGACCUUGUUCGCUAGUCAAGGCUCCCCCUCAUUCUAUGAGUCCGUGGAAACGUACACCCGUAUCCCCCCUCCCAACAACAUCUCGUCCAGCCAGUCCUCGACGUCCUCCACCUCAUCAUUGGACAAUUUCAUGGCAUACCGUGAUGCAGAUAAGCCAUAUAAGCCGUACCCUGGAUAUAUAUUUUCGGGUUGGGAUGCGGUACCGAGUGACGAGCGUCUGUUCGACGACGACGACGAGUUGGCUAUCCGGCUGGACGCUAUUGACGUCCUCGACUACGCGUUCUACGCGAACAUGAUGGCGGGUCGACCCCGGCAGCUGGCACCACCUAAGGCACCGCGCAUGCGCACUAUUCCAUUGCCGUGGGUCUAGUCGCCUUAGCGCCGGGAGUCUAUGGUAGCGUUAACGAUGGAGGAACAUCGAAAGGCAGGAUAUAACGUCCAUGAAGCUGCUCACCUUGAACACAUUGUACAUUUAACAGACCCAGAAGUCUCUUUCCACUUGCUUGUCUCAUCAUCAUCAGUUAUAUCGCAGUAUCGUUAGUGCUUUCUGCUGUCAACGUGUUGUACAUAAUACCCCUGCGACCUAUGCAUACCAUUUUCUUUAUUUUCAUCUCUCAAACAUUGUCUUUAGCAG